AUGGCUCCUCUCCUUAAGAGCAUGUUGCUGCUCUCAGCUUUGAGUAUAGUCACGGCAGAACAAAUUAAAUCCACUCAACCACUCCGAGGCGAGGCUUAUGUCGGCCGUCCGGCUGUGCGGCACGCCAUGAGACAAAAGACACGAUAUGAACCAGGCUCCCUAAGUGUUCACAGAGACUCUGGCAACACGCGCUCUGAGGACUUUGAAGCCCCUCUGGGAGUCAAUCCUAAGGUCGAGGCGAUCAAGAUGGCACCUCCUUUCAACAUGUUCUGGGACGAGGAGGGUCGAGUCUUGGCCGCCAAUCAGUGUCGAGAAAACACCACUUGCAUCGUCUCUCUUGACCCGGAUACUUAUGAGAUCGAAGCAACCUAUCCGGAGCCUGACCAGCCAUCAGACCUAUCCCAGACCCUGAUGGUGUAUAUGCAACUGCUUGACGGCCAUGUUACCACUUCAACGGCCAACCGCCAUAUUCUUGAGUUGGAGAUUGUUGGUAAGGGAGCCAAGACGACUUUCGUCACCAAGCGUGAUAUCGAUCUGUCCAACGUGACGUCGGCAAACGAACUCAUUCUCAGCACCUCUUAUGACUCGGAUGGAAACCUAUGGUUCACUACAGGAGGCUUUGCUGGCGCCGGCUUUCCUGCUGGCGACACGGCAACCCUUGGAUAUGUGGAACCAGGCGGCAAAGUGCACACCUUGAAGCUGCCAGACAAGAUGAUUGAAAACUCAUUUGCCAUCAGUGGGACGGAUGUUUACCUGCUUACUGGACCAGCCGGGUCUGCUGACCAUGCCGAUGCAUCCGGUUCCUUUUUAUACAUGCAGCCGAGUCCCGAAGGAGUCAAGGUCAUCGCAGAGCUGCUAUACGAAGCUGGAGAUGGUAUAAAGAAGGGCAGCAUAUCCCGAGGUGCUGGCUCUACUCCUUCACUUCUUGGUCACAAAUACGUGGCCUUUACCGACAAUGCGAACGACCAAGUCAACGUCAUCGUCUACCCACAAGGCUCGGCUCUCACCAACAACACCAAACCACUCUGCACCGUCCCCCUCUUCGAGAAAGGCUCCAGCAGCAACGAGAACGCUGGAGUCAACCAUUGGGAUGGCAAGUCAACCUACAGCAUGGUCUUUAGCAACUUCUACAACGGCCCCCCUCUCGCGCAGCUGCGGGACGCCCCGUUUGGAGAUGGAACGGACUCAGACCCUGAGAUCCUCAACGGGCCCUUUAAUGAUCUCAGUGCUGUGGGUCCUGGGCUUACUCGGGUUGAUUUCGAUGAGAGGACGGGCAAGUGCACUACCCGCUGGUACAACAAGAGCAUUCGAACCACCAUCACCCCCAUCAUGUCUACCAAGACAGGUCUCCUCUACAUGCCUACUCAGGACUAUAAACUGGCACAGAAAGGGAGCUACGUAUAUUACGUGAGCGCUCUUGAUUUUGAGACGGGCAAAGAGGUAUGGAAAGUUCGAACUGGUGCUGGCGGCGUUUUCAGCAAUCACUUUCAGACGCCCGUGCUCACAAAGGAUGGAGGUGUUGGCCACUAUGUUAUUGGCGGCUUUGUUAAGGUCAAGGAUGGCAAAAAGCCCAAAGGUACAGGCCAUUAG